AUGGAAAAGUACAGAUGGAGGCUGGAGAACCUCUACCAGCUGACACGUCACAAGAAGUACAUGCUGAGAGUGGAUCUGGAGGACUUUACUGGAAAGAGAGGUUUCGCUCAGUACUCGUCCUUCUCUGUGGGUUCUGAAGCUGAAGGUUAUAAACUGCAGGUUACUGGGUUCACUGAUGGUGGAGCAGGAGACUCUAUGCGCCACCACAAUGGAAUGAAGUUCACCACCUAUGACAAGGACCACGACAACUAUGAAAAGAACUGCGCCAGAGUAUAUCUAGGAGGAUUUUGGUAUAAUGCCUGUCACAAUGCAAACCCCAAUGGUGUGUACUUGGGGGGAGAAGACAACACCGUGUUUGCCAUUGGAAAUGUUUGGUUCACCUGGAAGACCAAUUUUGAUAUUGGUAUGAAAUUCAUCACCAUGAAGAUCAAACCUGUGUCUUAAAUGUUUGAAGAAACAAAACAAAAACAACAAAGCAACAAAACUAAGGCUUAAAGGUUUAAUUUCUGCUGUCUGCUUAGUUUGUU